AUGCCAAAUCCUUCCAUACCGCCUUAUAAACCACCACAAGAAUUGCAAGAGAUUCUAAAACAACAAGCCGCACAACGUAAACGUACCGCCCAAUUACCCAAACGUAAUUGGAUACAAAGAAAUCCUCGACUCUUUCAAAUCACCUUUAUAACCACCUCAUUGCUGAUACUAUUCUCACGACCACUUUACGACGCCUUCAUAGAAGAAUCAUUUCCAGCUGUAGAGGAUUCAAUUAAAUUCAAAAAACGCGAGUAAUGGAAUCAGUACGUAAGGCUAAACAACGUUUACGCAACUAUCCCAUACUAUUAGGAAAAUGUGCCGAAACGGCUACGAUUUAUGCAGCCUGUGUUAGUCGUGAUUUGAAUGUACAACAUAAAACCUGUGACAAAGAGUUCCAGCUAUUUAAGGAAUGUCUACAAAAGGCAGCAAAUGAAAUGAAAA